ACGCCGGCCGUCCGAUUCGUUCACAGUGGAGCGUCGCCUCUCGCAGAGUCAGCACGGUCAGCCGGUCCGCCCAGUGCAGUCAGUAGUGAACCAGUGAGUGACCAUGUUCGCGUACCUCGUCCUCGCCGCCGCCCUUGUGGCUGGCGCUGCCGCCGGUGAAGCCGCGCCUCCUGCCGUCGAGGCCGCGACCAGCACCUCGCCGUCGACGUCGUCCGGAUGGACCGCCCUCCUGGGCUGUGUCUGGGAGGAGGACUCCGUCGGCUGCCUCCGGGAGAACUCGGCGCGCGCCCUUAAGGAGCUGCACGUCGCCAAGAAAGAGGCUGCCGCCGCCGCCCUGGAAGAGAAGAAGGAUGAGUCGAUCCUGGAGGUUUUGCACGACGGCACCGCCAGGAUGAUCGAGUACCUCAAGAAGGAUGAGGAGCAGGAGGAGGCCAACGCCGCCGCCACCGAGGAAACCGAGAGCACCGACGGCCAGGGCCGCGCCAUCGAGGAAGGCCGCAAGAAGAUCAAGAUCGGCAAAAUCGGCAAGAAGGGCAAGAAGGGCGGCGGCCUCCUCCAGACCUUCUACAUGCUCAAGAUGAUGUUCGGCAUGCUCAUCUCCAUGAAGGUCGGCCUCCUGUCGUUCCUGCUCCAGGUCAAGACCUUCUUCCUGUCCUUCAUCUUCGUCACCAUCGCCGUCAUCCAGUUCUUCUGGAAGCUCCAGGAGAAGAAGGCCCACGGCGGCAUCAGCUACGGCCCCCCGUCCGGCGGCUGGGACUCUGGCAGCAGCUUCGGCGGCUACGGACCCUCGGCCCAGUCCGGUGGCUGGGACAAGCGCGCCUGGACCGAGCACGCUCACCGACAGGCCUUCGCCGCCCAGGCGCCCGCCAGCUAGGCGCGGCCGCGGCCUCCACCGCGAGCGCCCUGGCCGAGCAGCACGAGCGCGCCGUCAGGGGGUGGUGGUGCUCGACGGCCCGCUCGGCCGCCCAGCCCCGGCAGCGCCGAGGUGGAUGAUCUUUCUAGAACUGCGCAACAAAACGCUGCCGAUUCCUCGUAGCAGAGCUCCACGCCGGUUAUUUAUUCGUUGUUGUUGUUGAUAUUGUUAAUGAUGAUGCUAAUUUAUUUCCCUGUCGGUUUGUUUUGUUCUGACGAUUGCUCAAAACGUUGUUAAAGU